GUGGGGGCAAGAGGGAAGGCGAGACAUACAGAAAGGGAGACAGAGCCCCAGAGCGAGAGGAAGGAAGGCAGGCAGGCAACAGUCGCCAGCAGCCGAUGUGAAGACCGGACUGCGUGCGCCCUUCGCCGCCUCUGCCCGGCCUCAUCGAUGUUGUGUCCGCCGCCCGCUCGCCCGGAUCACGAUGAACGCGCAGCUGACCAUGGAGGCGAUCGGCGAGCUGCACGGGGUGAGCCAUGAGCCGGUGCCCGCUCCUGCCGACCUCCUGGGCGGCAGUCCCCACGCGCGAAGCUCCGUGGCGCACCGUGGCAGCCACCUGGCCCCCGCGCACCCGCGUUCCAUGGGCAUGGCGUCCUUGCUGGACGGCGGCGGCGGCGGCGGCGAUUACCACCACCACCACCGGGCCCCCGAGCACAGCCUGGCUGGCCCCCUGCACCCCACCAUGACCAUGGCCUGCGAGACUCCCCCAGGUAUGAGCAUGCCCACCACCUACACCACCUUAACCCCUCUGCAGCCGCUGCCGCCCAUCUCCACCGUCUCGGACAAGUUCCCUCACCAUCACCACCACCACCACCACCAUCACCAUCCGCACCACCACCAGCGCCUGGCGGGCAAUGUGAGCGGUAGCUUCACGCUCAUGCGGGACGAGCGCGGGCUGGCCUCUAUGAAUAACCUCUAUACCCCCUACCACAAGGACGUGGCCGGCAUGGGCCAGAGCCUCUCGCCCCUCUCCAGCUCCGGUCUCAGCGGCAUCCACAACUCCCAGCAAGGGCUCCCUCACUAUGCCCACCCGGGCGCCGCCAUGCCCACUGACAAGAUGCUCACCCCGAACGGCUUUGAAGCCCACCACCCGGCCAUGCUCGGCCGUCACGGGGAGCAGCACCUCACGCCCACCUCGGCCGGCAUGGUGCCCAUAAACGGCCUUCCUCCGCACCACCCCCACGCCCACCUGAACGCCCAGGGCCACGGGCAGCUCCUGGGCACGGCCCGGGAGCCCAACCCUUCGGUGACCGGAGCACAGGUCAGCAAUGGAAGUAAUUCAGGGCAGAUGGAAGAGAUCAAUACCAAAGAGGUGGCGCAGCGUAUCACCACCGAGCUCAAGCGCUACAGCAUCCCACAGGCCAUCUUCGCGCAGAGGGUGCUCUGCCGCUCCCAAGGGACCCUCUCGGACCUGCUGCGCAACCCCAAACCCUGGAGCAAACUCAAGUCCGGCCGGGAGACCUUCCGGAGGAUGUGGAAGUGGCUGCAGGAGCCGGAGUUCCAGCGGAUGUCUGCGCUCCGCUUAGCAGCUUGCAAAAGGAAAGAACAAGAGCAUGGGAAGGAUAGAGGCAACACACCCAAAAAGCCCAGGUUAGUCUUCACAGAUGUCCAGCGUCGAACUCUACAUGCAAUAUUCAAGGAAAACAAGCGUCCAUCCAAAGAAUUGCAAAUCACUAUUUCCCAGCAGCUGGGGUUGGAGCUGAGCACCGUGAGCAAUUUCUUCAUGAACGCAAGGAGGAGGAGUCUGGACAAGUGGCAGGACGAGGGCAGCUCCAAUUCAGGCAACUCAUCUUCUUCAUCAAGCACUUGUACCAAAGCAUGAAGGAAUAACCACGAACUAAACCUCGGUGGAAAAGCUUUAAAUUAAAAAAAAAAAAAAUUUUAAAAGACCAGGACCUCAAGAUAGCAGGUUUAUACUUAGAAAUAUUUGAAGAAGAAAAAAAAGUGUUAUUUAUAGUCCAAAGAAACCAAAGACUUAGCUCACCUGCAUUCUGACUUUGUUCGGAGACACACACACACUUCAGCGGGGCAACGACUUGGCAAGAAAAAUUAUGAGCAGGAAAGCACCACUGGAUCUCACACCUUCAAUCCAUGAUCAUUCUCGCUGUGCUUGGCUGUUUCGUGGUUUGGAGCAUAGUGAUUUUGAGCCAUUGAGUGGACAUCUUUUAAGAUCAGACUUUCUCAUCUGUUCCACCAUGCCAUGAAGGUGUAUGGUGUCUCAGUACUGUGUGUGGGUACGUGAGUGCAUACACACACACACACACACACACACACACAUACACACACAUAUGCACACACCACCAGUGGUUAGGGACUUAGGCAGGGCUGGUCUUCAGGAAGGGUUGUGCUAUAGGAGUACAACCAACAUAGUGUGGGUUGUCUGAGUUCAUUGGAUAGGAGUGUGAUUUCACUCGUCUAGCCUAGCGUUUGAACCUGCCAGGCCCGCAACCUAAAUGCAGAUUCAAACCCAGCAAAGAAAAUUUGAAUGACACCUAAACCAGUGCAUUCUCUUUGUUUGUUAAGGAAUGUUCAGAUAUUUUUUAAGAAAUGAAACAAGAGUCCAUCCAUUUAAAAAAAAAAUCACCUAGGCACCAAAGAACACAAUAUUAUAGUGCAGGUAUUUUAUUGCAAUGAUUUUAAUAACCAAAGCUAUUUUUACACAAGAUACUAUGUAAAGUUAUACGUAUGAACUGAUCUAGCUGUAAUACACAUGCCACAUAGAAUCAUGACUAUUAUUUAUGACUCUGGAAGCAUUUGAAAUAUUAGUUUUCAGAACUGGCAAGAAAGAAUGUAGCUUCAGGGAAGCAAUUAAUAUCAUAACAGAGAGCUCAAUGUAGUGUACAUGUACGUCCAGAUGGCACACUCCCUUUUGGGAUCCAUAAAUGAUACUUAAAUAGACACGUAGACAUGAUGCCAUAGUCUAUUCAUAGCUGAGAAAACCUGGGGAUUCUUCCAAAGUAGGACCCCACUUGUAAAUUAGAAAACUAAGUUUAACAGAGCAAGUAAUUAAAUUAGAAAAUUUGUUCUAAGUAAUGCUAUUUUUUAGUAAAAGACCACUAAAUAAAGGAUAUCAUAUUUAGGUUAAUUUGACUUAAAGUUGUUUUUUGCAUUUGACACCAAAUACCCUUUUAAAAUACUUUGUAAACACACAAAGUGAGCAGACCAAAUUAUUAUAAAAAUAAACUGUCCAGUAUUUGUAGUUAAAUUGAUUUUAUUGCCAAUCUCGGAUAGUUUAUGACUUAGACAUCAAUAAAAAUAGCAGAUGUAACUGAGAAAUGGUGUAACAGCAUAGGAAAAGAAACAGAAUUCUAGUGGAAGACAAGACUUUGGGCUCUACAGGCUUGAAGCUAUUUAUUUCACUAAGCAUAGCCUCCAAAGUGUACUACAUUCUUUCUUGCUAUGGCAUUAAGCUGGAAGUUUUUUGACAUAAAGUCCACUCUCUAAUAGGAACAGAUAAAACACUAGACCUGAGUUUCCAAAUACAAAAUUUUCAAUUUCUGUUUUUCCAAAUCACUUACCUACAGCUGGAGAAAUCAAGGGGGAAGAAAAAAAGCUGACACAGUUGGAUUGGUAGUACCUAAGGGAAUCACUUGCUUCUCAGAAAAAUUCUCUCUGAAUUCAUUGAACUGUGACUCAUAGAAGUGGAUACCUUUUGUACUAUUAGGUAAAGAACUGGGUGCUCUUGGUUAAUUACCACACCUAAUUAGAAAUAUAAAAUGAAAUGUUGUCUCCACAAUAAGUUGUUGAUUGAGAUUCAUUAAAAUGCUAAAGAAAAAAAUAUUGAACCACCUUGACACAAAAACCUAACUGCCUAAGGUCAAAUCGGGAGCAUCUAGGUCUGUAGAGGUCUAGAAGAGACAGGCACCUGGAGAGGAAGCUAAAGCAACAACCCAUCGGGAUCUCCUUCAUGUCUGCUAUAGAAUAAGAAAAGCAAACCAACACAUACUUCUCCUUUAAUGAAAUCGCGCAUUUGCUUUGACACAUUUUGUUUUAGUAUUUUCUUUUAAUCUCACACCAAAUUCCAGCUUAAAAUUUUCCCUUCUAAACAUGGCACAAUGACAACUCAACUAUUAUAAGAGACCACUUCAAUGGCUACCCUUAGAGAGAUGCUUAACAUAUGAUCUUGUCAAUGACACAAACCAAAAGGAAAAGACUAGUUAAUUAACUUUUUCUCUCUCUCCAGAAUGGAGGGGGCCAGGAGUACAGCUGUAUAGUUAUAAUUUAGGAGGGAGGAAAGCCUUAUUUAUUUAAAACAUGAGAGUUUUAAAUGCAGGGAAAUUCAAGCUGUGUCUACACACAAUCUUACCAAAUUCAGCACCCCAGGAAAAACAAAAGUUGAGUUCAAACACCAUGCUUUUUGUUUUGUUUUUGCUAUAUUACUCCGUCAGGUUAAUCCAAUUGCAUUUUACGUUUUCAACCAAUUAUUUUGGUACUGUGUAGACACAGUCUCAAAGAAUAUUACUAUAUCUCUAAUAUUCCCAUCAUAAUAGUUUUUUUUGAAAAAUAAUCCAGUGAUCCUACUUGCUAACACCAAAGAUAAUUUUAUACCAGCAUUGAAUUUGCACCCAUCACAUAGUUUCAGGGCCUAGAGAUAUAUUUUCUCAUGAACAGAUGCACAAAUCAGAGCCUGAAAAGCAAUUUUUUUACUAGACUAUUCAAGCAUACUCACAACCUUUGCUGUUUAGAAAUCAUAAUGGACAAACUCAGCUUCUCACAAGCAAUACACUCUUACUUCAUGUAUGACUGAUUAUUGCUUCUAACUUGGCAUGUAGCAUAAAUUUAUGGCUCAGGUUUUUUAACCUACCACAUUCCGUGGAGCAGAUUACAUGCCAUUUGCUUACCCAUUAUUUCUCAAUCCUUUUGCAAAAUCCAUCCAAAAAAGGUAUCCCACACUUUUAUUGGUAUAUUUGUUUUUUCCCACACUGCACAUCACAUAACAUGUUUGGGGUUUUUUUUUUUUUGGUAGAAUGGAAGUUAAACUGUUUUUGACCAGACAUCAUUCAGGUCCUCUCAUGACUGCAAGCUUCCCUCAAAGGAGGCAAAGACAGAGAGCGUGGGAGAUAUGACAUUUGGACUCUCCAAAAGCCCAGAUUUCAGUAAGUGUUCAGGUAGGUAAAUGAAUUCUGGAUGUCAGGAACUAAGUAUUUAGUCCUGGUUGCAGCUGGUAUAGAUCCCUAAACCCAAAGAGAAUGUGGAGAAAUUCAGGCAUUCAAACUGAACAUGUCACUCUUCAUUAAAAAACAAAGCAAACAAACAAAAAAAAAAAAACAUAAUUACAUUUCCAGGACAAAAAAGUAAAAGUACUAUGCUCCUUUUGGACUCAUGCCACUCCCAUUGCUACCCCAGGUGAAUGAUCCGUCUUUGCAGGUUAAAUGCAAACUUUGCUAUACCAAAGAGUCCUAGGACAUUUUCACAAGAGCUAUAAAGGCAUUUUCCCUAAGAAAGGUCCUCCCUUCUUUGUACAUAAAGGAUGAAAACUAUGCAUUUAGCAAACAAAGAGAAAGCACUUCUCCCUUUCCUAUCUAGUUGUUUAGGGUGCAUUCAAACACCAGAGGCCAUUUUGAGAUGCGAUUGGCCUUCUGGAUUAUUCUUGUGGUGUGGUUAGCUUUACAGUACAUUUGGUAACUAUUUCCUAAAUAGUAAGGACAAAGAAGCAGAAGGUAAGAAAUAGCUACUUCCAUGUGUUAAAAAAAAAAAAAAAAAAAAAAAAAGUGUAAAGAUCUACUAUUUAUAGUGUGAACCAAAGACGCUACCUCACUCGAUUUCCAUUGGUGAUUUUAAUCACAUUGAUGAUACCAAAGAAUACCAAAGAUAUUUUCAUGCACGGACUUGGUCUGCAGAGGGAGCUCCACCCCUUCCCCUCCCCCACCUCUCCUCCCCCCUCCUCGCUCUUCACUCAGUGUGUAAACUUGUCUUCAUUCUUAAUGAUAAUGAUACGAAAUGACAACAACAACAUUAGGAAAUACUACUCUUACUACUGCUAGUUCUCCUUGUAAAUCUCUAGGCAAACAUGUUGCAAACUUUGUAAACUCCUAGGACGAGUGCCUUGCUUGAACCAAAGUGUUAAACCGCUGUUGACCUCUCACCUUAUACUCUUUGAAUACCUCAGCCUCUUAGAAAGGCCACUAAUGAAAAAAAAAAAAAAAGGAAUAAUUAUUCACCGUGGUGCUUUUUCCGUGCAACCAUGCAAUGAAACUUUCUUUGAUACCAAAGGAUGACUCCCCCCCCCCAAUUUCUUGCUGAUAAACCAAAGCUCCUCCUCCUUGUUCCCUCUCGAGGUCCCCCCACCUCCCCGAGUCCCUUCGCCAGGCAGGCCGUGCAUCACUUUUACCAAUUCCUCCAAAUACCUCAUAGUAAUAAAGUUUUAGGGUUAUGUUGUAUAGAGAGUCUAUGUGAUAAGGCAGAACUUACUAGUUUGAUAAUUGUUAAGGUUACUUUAAAAAAAAAACUUUAUAAUUCUUAUUUAUUUUGUAGUUUGUAUGUUUGGGAUGUCCCCCGCCCUCCCCCCUUCGGUUUAGGGUUUAUUUUCUUGGCAGAACUGCUCUGUGGCUCAAGGAAGACUUAAUUUCCGGAAAUGUUCCCCAGGUGGGUUAAAGUUUGUGUAAAAAUGCAAGAAUGGAAUAAGAAAUGAUUAUCAUUUUUGACGGUUGGUGACUUACAAAGUUUUUGUGUUUCGUAGUUAAUUUGUUUCCACAGGGUAAAAGAAAAAAAACAUAUAUAUAUAUAUAUAUAUAUAACCUCUUUUUUGUGAAACUGGUUCCUAUUUUUCUCUAUAAUGUGCUGUGAUUUUUUUAAUUUAAUUACAUUUUAUAUGAGCUUAUUUAAUCACUGCUUUAAUUUAUGACUGUGUAGUUUUUACCGUGUAUAUAGUAGAAUUGAAAUGGCCAAAGCUUUAUGUUACAAUCUUUUUGUUCUUGAUGCUAAGAUCAGCCGAAGGCAAGAGCUUCUCUUAACUGCAGGGUGUAUCUUUGGCUUUUUCUUAGCAGGCACUUCAAUGUGUGUUGUGAACACUGCCAGGUUCCCCCCUCAAAAAAACUUGUACAUGCCAAAAUGAGUGUUUCAAGGUAGUCUUUUCGUCACUUAGAAAGGAGAAAGGCAUUAUUUGUGUUCUUCCUUUAAUUUAUUAAUUUUUUUUCAUUUUUAGAGAAGAUUAUUUUGCAGGUUAGACCUGAAAUUCCAAAGAAUUUAAGAGUUGUUUAAAUGUUUCAAAGCACCGGCAUUUGUGAGAUACUUUGCUACUUUUUUUUUUUUUAACCGUUCACACGGGUAUGAGAAGUAAAGAGUAUUAAAAAAAAAAAGAAAGAAAGAAAAGAAAAAGAAAAGAAAAACUCAAAGAGGCAAGCUAACUUGAAUUUGGAAAUCCUCCUAAAUUUCACCAAGUUUCUGAACUGCAUCAAGGCAAGGGGCAGGGCAGAGGGGCAAUUCCUCCUGGAGAGCUGAGGAAAGGAUGAUGCACUUACAGAGAAAGUCAAGGCUGAGAGGCAGCUGGCUCAGCUCCUGCCUGUCUGGCCAACCCAUAGAAGAAGCAAGACUUGAUUGUUUGGCCCCAGUUCUCAAGGAAGAUGUUUCACAGUUACAUGUUCCUCUCCACAGCUGUUUCUUGUAAUCUGUUACCUACAAUUACCCCCCACUCCCUAGCCCCACUCCCUCGAGAAUGGCAAGAGCUCUCCUCAAAUGUGAGUCCUGAGUGAAUGUAACCCAGCCCUCUUUCAAUUUGUCUCUCAUCACUCUUGAUCUUCCUGUGACUUUUCCUGUCCAAACCAGAGAUGGGCCCUACCCCAGGCCCCCUUAAAUUGAGGCUGUUCAGAUACUUGGACCUGCUUUAGGUCAGCACACACACACAAAUCUCAGCCAAUCAGCAGCAUCCUCAGAAGCGCCGGUGCCCACUGCUUUAUUUUGCUGAAAUAAGUUGCUUCAACUACAUGGCAUAAAACCACAGAUGUAAAUACUUUUCCUCUCAACACAAGAAUUUUAUCUUAUUUUCUUUUGCAGGGGUAUUAGGGGUGGGGAAAGAAAGGGAGGGCUUAGAUUUUGGGUCAAAUGUUCCAUUUUCUUAGAAACAUUUUUAUACUUGUUAUGUAUGUUAAUAGGGCAAUAAAUCUGCUCUGAGUUGCAGGAUCAUUGGUAAGCAUUGACUAAUUAUUUGUUUUUAAUACAAAUGCUGAGCAGUGAGUUACAGAAAGCCCAGGAAAAUUGUUGAGGAAGCAGACUUGUACCAUCAGCAAUGAAACGCUGAACAGAGUUGUAUUCACAGGUCAUAUUUUCUGUUUCUGUGUUAGUCUUGAUUUUUUUGUGGUAUGUUCUGCAUUUAUUACAUAAUCAUUGUGGGCUCGUUUUAGAUUUGCCGUCUAAACCAAGUGACAAGUAUUUUUUAACAAAUAAACUUUAAAACAUUGUCUUCCACUUGCUUCGGUAGUUGUCUUCAUAUCUCCCUGUGUUUCUUGUCCCCUCAGAAGGCAGCCCAUCUGUCACUCACUUAGACCUGUCUCUCCCCUUCUUCUGUUUUCAGUACACUUUGACCUUAGCUAUUGUUUGAGUGUGACUCAGUUUCCCUGUUCAAGUUAGCUUGAUGGUUUAUUAUGUAAGGAGGGUGCCUAAGACAAUCAUCAGGUAAAAAAAAAAAAUUAAAAUUAAAUUUUAAAAAGAUCAGUAGAGUAGAAAAUCUUCCAAGAGCAGAGGGAGUUCUUCCUUAGCAAUUAAAAAAAAAAAAAACAUAAAUAAUUAAUUACUUUAAAAACCUAACCAUGAGGGGCUUAGAAGAUUUUUGAUAAAAGACAAAUGUUGCUGUCAUUUUCUUUGUCAAUUAGAAAGCCGUGGUAGUUUCUAUGUUGCAUCUACAUUUCAGACUAAAUGGUUAUUGUACCCAGUUAUGGUUGUUCGCUAAUAUUUUGUCUCUCUCUCUUUCUCUCUGUCCAAUGCUUCUUCUGUAUUUUUGUGUGUAGCUACAAAAAGUGUAAUGCAUUAGGCAUUAUUCUGGUUUGUUUAUGAGUAUCUCCUGUACUGCAUUAAGGUUUCUUUCACUUUUUUUUAAGCUUCGCUACUGUUCUCACUUUAUGCCGUGCAAUAUCAUCUGCUGUGUUUGCUAAGCAAAAAAGAAAAAAAGAAAAAAAAGCAAGUGAUGAUGCCAUCAUGCUUUUCAGUGUUAAAA